UCCUGCUCCAGAGAAACGGGGCCAGACGUAACACCAGUGCGGGCGAACGGGGAGCAGCACAGCGAUACGGUCCUCUCGAGCCGCGGUGAAAGAUGGCAGCUCGUCAAAUGCUUAACAAAAAGAAAUAGACGGCGUGUUCGGCGUCGCCUCUUCUGCCGUGAAAGCUUCGACAUUUUCUCAAGAUUACCAACACCCCAAAUGAACUCCGUCAGAGCAAGUAACGUUAGCAGAAGACCUAGGCGAGUAUCAAGGCCGCGCCCGGUGCAGCCGGAUAGGAACCACCAGGAAAGAGAUGAGGACAUUCCUGCAGAAAUGGUUGCAGAAGAAUCCGGUCCAGGAGCUCAAAAUAGUCCCUACCAGCUUAGAAGAAAGUCUCUACCCAAGAGAACGGUGUGUCCCACAAAGACAAACAUGGAGGGUGCCUCCACUUCAACAACAGAAAACUUUGGACACCGACCUAAGCGUCCCAGAGUUUCAGGAAAGUGUCCAGAUUUACCAGCUGCUCCAGCAGAACAGUAUUUGCAGGAGAAGCUUCCAGAUGAGGUGGUGCUGAAGAUCUUCUCGUACCUGUUGGAGCAGGACUUGUGCCGUGCAGCUUGUGUGUGCAAGCGCUUUAGUGAGCUGGCCAACGACCCCAUCCUCUGGAAGCGAUUGUACAUGGAGGUUUUCGAAUACACUCGACCUAUGAUGCACCCAGAGGCAGGAAAGUUUUACCAGAUAAAUCCAGAAGAGUAUGAACAGCCAAACCCGUGGAAAGAGAGUUUUCAGCAGCUGUAUAAAGGCGCCCACGUUAAGCCAGGCUUUGCAGAACACUUCUACAGUAAUCCUGCCAGAUACAAAGGAAGAGAUAACAUGUUUUAUUAUGACACCAUAGAAGACGCUCUGGGAGGCGGUCAGGAGCCUCACUUUGACGGCUUGAUAUUUGUCCACUCUGGUAUUUACACGGAUGAGUGGAUCUAUAUUGAAUCGCCGAUCACAAUGAUUGGAGCUGCUCCUGGAAAGGUUGCAGAGAAAGUCAUCAUAGAGAACACCAGAGACUCCACUUUUGUUUUCAUGGAGGGCUCAGAGGAUGCUUAUGUUGGAUUUAUGACUAUCAGGUUCAACCCUGAUGAUAAAUCCGCCCAGCACCACAAUGCGCACCACUGCUUGGAGAUUACAGUGAACUGCAGCCCCAUCAUCGACCACUGCAUCAUCCGUAGCACAUGCACAGUUGGGUCCGCCGUGUGUGUCAGUGGUCAGGGGGCUUGUCCCACAAUAAAGCACUGCAACAUCAGUGACUGUGAAAAUGUUGGCCUUUACAUCACUGAUCAUGCACAGGGCAUUUACGAGGACAAUGAGAUUUCAAACAACGCUCUGGCGGGGAUUUGGGUGAAGAACCACGGCAACCCAAUCAUCAGAAGGAAUCACAUCCAUCAUGGCAGAGACGUCGGCGUCUUCACGUUUGAUCACGGCAUGGGUUACUUUGAGAGCUGCAACAUCCAUAGGAACCGAAUUGCUGGCUUCGAAGUGAAGGCGUACGCCAACCCCACAGUGGUUCGUUGUGAAAUCCACCACGGUCAGACUGGUGGCAUCUAUGUGCAUGAAAAGGGCCGCGGACAGUUCAUUGAAAACAAGAUCUAUGCAAAUAACUUUGCAGGCGUGUGGAUAACCUCAAACAGCGACCCCACUAUAAGGGGUAACGCCAUCUUUAAUGGCAACCAAGGUGGCGUUUACAUUUUUGGUGAUGGCCGAGGCCUCAUUGAAGGCAACGACAUCUAUGGCAACGCCCUGGCAGGAAUCCAGAUCAGGACAAACAGCUGUCCUAUUGUGCGACAUAACAAGAUCCAUGAUGGUCAACAUGGUGGCAUAUAUGUGCAUGAAAAAGGACAGGGAGUCAUAGAGGAGAACGAGGUGUACAGUAACACUCUGGCGGGAGUGUGGGUGACGACAGGCAGUAUGCCAGUACUGAGGAGGAACAGGAUACACAGCGGGAAGCAGGUUGGGGUUUACUUCUACGACAAUGGCCAUGGUGUGCUGGAGGACAAUGACAUCUACAAUCACAUGUACUCUGGGGUUCAAAUAAGAACUGGCAGCAAUCCCAAAAUCAGACGGAACAAGAUCUGGGGCGGCCAAAAUGGAGGCAUUUUGGUUUACAACUCAGGCUUGGGAUUCAUUGAGGACAAUGAGAUCUUUGACAAUGCAAUGGCGGGAGUGUGGAUCAAAACGGACAGCAACCCCACGCUGCGGAGGAAUAAGAUCCAUGACGGGAGAGACGGAGGGAUCUGUAUAUUCAAUGGAGGACGAGGUUUGCUAGAAGAGAAUGACAUCUUCAGAAAUGCCCAAGCAGGUGUUCUCAUUAGCACCAACAGUCACCCCACACUGAGGAAAAACAGGAUAUUUGACGGCUUCGCUGCAGGUAUUGAGAUAACCAACCACGCUACAGCGACCUUAGAAGGCAAUCAGAUCUUCAACAAUCGUUUUGGGGGCUUGUUCCUGGCAUCUGGUGUCAAUGUUACAAUGAAAGAUAAUAAAAUACAGAACAAUCAAGAUGCCAUUGAAAAGGCUGUGAGCAGAGGUCAGUGCCUGUACAAGAUUUCAAGUUACACCAGCUACCCAAUGCACGAUUUUUACAGGUGUCACACCUGCAACACAACAGACCGCAACGCCAUUUGUGUGAACUGUAUUAAGAAGUGUCACCAAGGACACGACGUGGAGUUCAUCAGACAUGAUAGAUUUUUCUGCGACUGCGGCGCGGGGACGCUGUCGAAUCCAUGCACGUUAGCUGGGGAGCCGACUCAUGACACAGACACGUUGUACGACUCGGCUCCUCCUAUAGAGUCCAACACGCUGCAGCACAACUGAGCUCCAGAUCUGAGGACCCUUUGUGCCUCGGCUCGAUUGAACACACAGACACUUUUAGUUGUGCAGCAGAAGGGAAGCCUGAACUAAGUAACAGAUUCACUUUGACAGAGCAAAUACAGCUUACAAAAAAAACAACAAAAAAACACUUGGGACAUGAAAAUGCUUAAAGAUGUUUAGAGAAAAAAAAAAAGAAGUCUUGAUGAUGGAUGCCUUGCUUUUUGUUAAAGAAAAAAAAAAAGACACCAGUGGAUCAGAGGAGAGCAGCUGACUCAGGGUUUGUGGGUUGAACUGGUGAGACGGACAAAAGCCACCUUCGCUCAUCUUCCUUAAAAAAGCGCAAGAACAAGAUACUUCGGUGAUGUACAGAUCCAGAGAGUUCUCGUCAGAGGAAAAGGUCCCACUUCCGAUGCUUCCACCACUUGGGCGACCGAUGUUCUUGUUUGUAACGUACGGGGUAAAAAAAAAAAAAAAAAAAAAAACUAAACAAAAAAACCCUGCAGCACUUCAGCUUUUUUUUCCUUUAAGACAACUGAUGAGAUUUGAUUUUAUCCUUUUGUGUAGUUUUGUAUUUUCAUGCAAAAAUCUUACUGUACUUGAAUGUCUUUAUUUUAUUAAAUUUUUUUUUUUUUUUUUGGUUAUUCCCCAGAAUUGCUGUAAUUAUAUUCAUGUCGCAGUAUCUAACUUCUUUCUGUGAAAGAGACCAGAGAAAAGAGGAAAACACUAAACAUUUUCUCCAGCAAUGUUGACUUAGGUUUUUUUUUGUGCAACACAGAAAAUCUGAUGCUGAAAUGUGCUUUGACAAGACCGCUAGAACCUGCUUUAAGUAUUCUAUGCAUAUCGUUUAUUUUCCAUGUUGGUUUGCUAAACAUGCAUUUUUAGAAGCAUGAAACUUAAUCCAAAGCAACCUUUUUUUACAACCAAGUAAAAGUGAAACAAUUACUGAUGUGAGAGUAUAAUUACACAUCUGAUGGGAAAUUAUCCAAGUCCUGUUUGUUUACAUCUCAUCCUGUUUUAAAGUGUUGUUUCAUUGUCUUUAAUAUCAGAUGCUUGACUGUUUUCACAUUCACAAAAUUAAAAGCAAAAUUUGUCUUGUAAAAGCAUAAUUCUUAGGAUUUUUCUGUUUCCAAUGUUGCUGGAGAAUCGAACAGCUUUUGCUCUACAGAAGCUGAGACAAGUACCUAUUUACAGCGCUUUAUGGUUUCAUCGCCUCCCCCCCCUCCUUCCAUCCAUGUGUACUGGUGAUUGUGGAUUUCUCAUACAGACUGAAAAUGUAUGCAUGUAUCAUAACAUCUAGACUUAAUAUAUUGUGAAGUAUUCAAUAACCGUUAUGUAGGCGCUAGUGUGAAUUAAAAGGGUUUAAUUUC